AUGUCCAUUCAAGUCACUUGUCAUGAAUUAUUAUUCCCUCCGAAUACAGAGUCUGUAACUGUCACUCCACAAUCACAUCCACUUCCACCUCUUGCAAAAGAUCACUUGAGAAUUCGUGUCAAAUAUGGAGCUCUCAAUUUUGCCGAUGUUUUACAAGUCGGAGGUAAAUAUCAAGAAAAACGAUUGCCUCCUUUCAUUCCAGGAAAUGAAAUUUCAGGAGUGGUGUGUGAAAUUAAUUCUUCUUCUUCUCAAAACCAUCAUCAUUCUUUAAAUGAAAGAAACAACAACUUGUCCUUUCAAAUUGGAGAUCAAGUCCUCUUGUUAGCUCAAAAAGAUGGAUGGCAAUCUUUUAUUGACAUUCCCAUUCAAUAUCCUGCCAUGAUUAAAGUUCCAAAAUCAAUGGAUUUAAAAAAGGCAUCUGGAUUAUUGGUCGCUUUUUCCACUUCACAUGUGGCACUCACUCAUCCACGACAUGGAAAUUUACAAAAAUUUGAAUUACAACAACAUUCACAACAGUUGCAACCUUCCUCACAACAAUUAAAGAAUAAGAGAAAAAUUGUUCUGGUAUUAGGUGCUAGUGGAGGUGUUGGUCUUGCUGCUUGUCAAGUUGCAAAGGCUCUCGGCGCCAUUGUGAUUGCUGCUUGUAGCUCCGAUGACAAGUGUCAAAUAUGCAAAGAAAAGGCACAUGUUGAUCAUGUCAUUAAUUAUGAAACUCACAAAAAGGAUUGGUUCAAAAUAAUUCUCAAUGAUUUUACAAAUGGAAAAGGAUGUGAUAUUAUUUAUGAUCCAGUUGGAGGAGAUUUGGCCAUUCAAAGUUUGAAAUGUAUUGCGUGGGGAGGUGUUUGGUUGGUGAUUGGUUUUGCAACUUCACACAUUCCUCAAAUUCCCUCAAAUAUUUUACUCGUGAAGAAUUGUAGUGCUUCUGGUGUGUAUUGGGGAAGUUAUAUGAAACAUGAACCGAAUGUGAUUCAACAAAGUAUGAAGGAGUUAUUUGGAAUGAUGAUGAGAGGUGAAAUUGAUCCAUUUAUUAGUCGUGUGUAUCCAGUGCAGCAAGUUGUGAAAGCAAUGAAUGAUAUGCUUCAAAGAAAGACAACUGGAAGAGUCUUGUUGUCUUUUGAGGAGGUGGAACAGGAGGAACGAGUGUCCAAAAUGUAG